CGGAGUUCGUAGGUAAAUGCAAGAUGGCUGCCGGCGCGCCCCGGACCUCCCGCCGCCUUUGACAGCGGUGACUGUGCGUGUGUGCGAGACAGCUGCGGGAGAAGGCGGGCCCGGGCACUGCUUGUACGGCCGUCCUCCGCUGCCUGCUCCGCUGUGUGUAGAUGCUCGCACUCCCGGGAAGCCGCAGCCACCCCGGAAACAACAAAGAGUGGUGGACAUGAGGACAGCGGCUUUCUUUAUUACAAAUGACACAAUAAGUUCGUUUUGCAGUUGCCGGAAGGAUGAGCCAUUCUUUGGAAAACUCCAUUCCAUAUGAAGACUAUCUGAGAAUGAAAGCGCAGACUAUUCCUCCCCACCGCAUGAAAGACUUCUUAGAUUCGCUGAAUGGCAAGGGAGCAGAAGAAAUGCAGCAGUUUGUUCAUUCUCCAAUUUCUGUAUAUCAGCAAAGAAACCAUUACUUUUACAUGGACAAUUCUGAUGUGGCUGGUUCUUUACUGGAGCUAGCUAGGCCCAUCACUUCUCCUCUGCAACACUCUAUUAGCCCCGGAGUUCCUCUUGAUCAGCAUCAUGUCCAAUUGCGACAGGGCCACGGUAUUGAUGUUCAAGCAGGGCAACCAAAUAAGACUCUCCAGCAGCAGGUUGAUGGACAGUCUGUUUCUGAUGGCCAGAACGCUAGCAUUGUUGGUACAUCUGCUUCUCAAGAUCGAAGAGCUUGCUCUUCAGGAUUAUCUCAGCCUGUUAAAAAGAGAAAAUUUGAUAUGCCCAUUGAGGACAGCUACACUAUUAGCCAUACAUCUUUACAAAACACUCCUGCGGCAGUCGUAGCAUUGCCUUUGCAAAGUCAGCAACAGGCUUACAUUCCUCUACGGCAGGAGCUGCUCACUGUGGAUAGUAGCCAAUUGUAUGGACUCGUACCUGCUAGUACUUCACCAUCUGGACAGUUGCCUAAUGUAGAAUCUUGGGCGAUAUUCUCUGCCCAUGCUACCUGUCCUGAAUCUCAGACUUUAGUAAACACUUCUGUACCUCAGGACAGUUGUGGAGUAGUUCAAAUGGGGGAGAUUCCAAUGCCCAUUAGUAGUGUAAAACUAGAAGAGAGCAAAGAGAGCUUUGAUGUGAAAAAGAACAUCUCAGAUAAAACAAUGCAUGCCGCUGGUACGUCUGGGUUUUCCAUGCCAUUGUUAAACAUGAACGGUAACAUUCAAAUUCCCCUUUCAUUACAAACAAGUGGACGUGUGUACCAGUCUUCAAAAUACUGGGAUCAACAAAUGCAGACUCAAAGUGUUCAGUGUCCGCCAUCUGAGCCACAACUGCGGUUACAUAAUAAUACUGAUUUUCAUUGCAUCCUUAAGCCAGAAGAAGGAGCUUUGUUUUGGAAGACUUGGGCACAGAUUAAGAAUGCAGAGACUCUAAAAGAAGCUGAAAACAAACCGUCGUGGUUAGGAAAAAGAAGACCUUUAAUUUUUAAAGAAGAUGUGCUGUCGGUGCCAAUUGCAGAAUUAAAUUAUGGAUUAUGUUUAAUAACCAAAGAAGCCAAGAGGCAUGAUGGCUCUCCAUAUGAUGCAGAUAUGAUGUAUUAUUUGCUCCUUUGUGUACAGAAGCAUAUGUUUGACAACAACAGGAUUGAUAACGUUUUUGCUGACCUUUACUAUUCAAAAUUUCUGGAAAAACUUCAUGAAGUGCUUAAGGGAUAUUGUCCAAGAAUUAAUCCAUUUGGUUAUGUCAUAUCCAGCUGCAUCUCCGAAGAAAUGUUGUGGGACUGCAAGCAACUUGGUGCUCAUUCUCCCACCACUCUGCUUUUUACGCUAAUGUAUUUCAAUACCAAGUACUUUGUUUUGAAAACUGUAGAGCAGCAUUCACAGUUGGCUUUUUCCAAGAUUACAAAACAGACACGGAAAAAUCCAGGAGUAGGAAAAGACAAAAACUGCACAAUCCGCUUCUUGCGUCUUUAUGGACAAGUUCAGAGUGGCUUGAAAGUUGCAGAAGAAACCUACGUAGAACAACUUGAGAAUCCAGAUAACCCACUACAGUGUCCCAUAAAACUGUAUGACUUCUAUCGCUUUAAAUGUCCUCAGGGAGCCCGAGGACCCACAGAUGCCUUCUAUUUGGUCCCUGAACCAGUAGUUGCACCUAAUAGCCCCAUCUGGUACUCUGGGCAGCCUGUAAAUGAGGACGUGAUGGAGCAAAUGCUGACUCGUAUUUUACUUGUUAAAGAGGUCCAGGAAGCUCAUGCUUCAUCCCGCAUUUCUGCAUAUUAGUGACUUGCUUGUACUAUAUACCUGUAUUUUGAACUUUGUAUAUACAACUGUUUGUAAAGCAUGAAGAAUCUGUGUAGACUCUUUACUGUACUCUAUCCCACAGGAAAAGCAAUUGCUUUGAGAAUACAGAGCAUUUACUGACCACAGUCUGUUAUGUUUGCAAUGUACGAUAAGCACAUUCUGCAGAUUUUUUUAGGACAUAUAAUUUAUGCUGACACUACAUGGAGCACUAUGUAACACUGUAUAUGCAGUGCUGAAAUCACUUGUGUGGAGUAAAUUUCCACUCCAGAUUACCUUUUUUUUUGUUGUAAAUAUUCUGCAUUUUUUGUGCGCAUAUAAGCGAAUGCAUAUAAGAUCAAUUGUUAUCUUUAAGUCUUAUGAUUAAGAAAUAUGUACGAUACGAUAGACUGUAUGUAUGAAAUCAUUGUUUGUAACAAGCGCUUAGCAUUUGUAUAAUUUAUUAAUCAGUUUAGUGCAAUGCAACCAUAAUCAUGUUCUGAAUGAAACAUGCUGAAAUUAUGGAAUCGUACUGUUUUUUUCCUUUACGAAAGGAGAAGGCUUCCAUGACUGGCCUACUUGCAGAGGAACAGAGUUUCCAAGGAAAUACUCAGGUCUUUGCAAGAAAUGCAGACAUUCUAAAAAAAUAUCUACAUGCGAUGGGGAGAUGAAACCAUGUUAUUUUGUUCUUUUUUUCUGUUCAUUAGUUGCUGUUAUGAAAGAAAGUGUAAACCGGGUUCAUGGGAAACUUCAAUGCUGUUGGAUUAUUUCCAGCCUUUGUGUUUGACGUAGUGGGUGUAUUUUGUGCCUAAGUAAAAUGUCACUACGGAUUUGACACUUUAUUGGUUAACACCUACAUUUGUGUUUGCACAGAGGGAUUGCACAUCAUGCUGAGAAAAGAAAAACUAUACAACCUUACCUCAAAAAUCCAGUCAUGCCGUGCCUUAACACAAUCCAGGCACUUGGAUUUCUUUCAGUGGUGACUGUAAUGUAAAUUUUGAUUACUUGUGUUUUUAGUAAGUUCACUUUUACAGGGAGAUUUGUAUAUUUUCACAGAAGAUUUAACAUGGAAAUCACUAAUAGGUAAAUGAGUUUGUUAUAUCUGAUGUAUGCUAGAUUUCUGGUAUCUUUGUUAUUUAAUACAGAUUGAGCACUAAUUUUGAUUUGAAAUAAAAAUCGCAAUUGAAUGUA